AUGUCUUCCCUACAGCCACAACCAAUGCUGCAACAGCCGCAAACCGUCAUGACACCUCAUACGUCAUACUCGCCUGCUCUUCACCAUCAGCAACAGCAGCCGCAGCACCACCAGCAACCCCAGCACCAGCAACCGUCCAUGUCACCUCCUCUUCGCACUAUGCAGCAACAGCAAGGACAUCACCGCUCUCCAAACAAUCCCAUGUCGCUCCCCCUCUCCUCUACCCCUGUCUCUCUUCCAGUCUCAUCUCAGUCGUCGCUAUAUACAUACCCACAACAGCAGUUCUGGGGAGCACCGCCGCAGCAACCACUCCCGCAUCAGCAACAGCAACAGCAACAGCAACAGCACCAUCCAUCUCAACAAUCACCGUCACACACACAACCUCAACCUCAACACCACCAGUCACUCGGAAUGCAGCAUCCACAGUAUGCAUCUCCACUGCAUAACCAACACCAGCCACAUCAUCCUUCACACUCGCCAGGCCAACGGCAGCUUGCCUCUCCACAACUGCAACCGCAGCCCCAACCCCAUCCACAGCAGCCAGGAAUGAAUUCCAUGGCCUAUCCGGGUGUUGUCAAUGCCGCAUAUUCCAUGGCAGGACCAGGUGCGGCCGCUGGGGCUAGAAUGUACACUUCCCCAGGCAUGAUACAACAACCUUUCGGGAUGGGCGUUGGAGGUGUAAGUGCCGGUGGUGCAGGCAUGAUGCCAGCUGUAUCCGUAAGCACUGGCGCUAGUCUUCCUUGGUCACCAACAGGACCACAAGGACAAGGCCAGGCAGGCCCGCAGGGAGCACACGGUUCAUGGCCCGGGACUUACUAG